GCUCGACUUGCUCAUUGACUUUUCACCUCGUGGUCCGCUCAAUCGUCAAGGAAACGUCUAGAAACCAGGUCUCCGCACAGGGCCGCGAAUAUUUGAGUCUAUUCAAAUUGGUAUGUUAUACCUCCAGGAAAGGUCUUUGAUUCUACUCACUCUGGUUAAUACCUGACACCACAUUACGAGGCUGCCCUCGAAAUAUAAAUAAUGGGGUGGGAUCUUGAAGUUGGAUAUGAUUGGACGCUGAUCAGACGACAGUAUCACUGACUCUGCCUAUUCCGGAAUCCGAAAGUGUGUAUCUCUCAUACGAUUCUUUAUCAUAAACUUUUUUUAGGCAGCUUGCAAGGAUAUCCUUGGGCUGAUUCAGAAAAUCUUGUUCGUUCAUGCAAUUAUUGGAAGCAGGGGCGACGUAACACAGAAGAUUCUCCCGUCUGUCAGGUAUCAAACUGUCGGCCAAGAACUUUUUUGAUGGGAGGAUCAUACUCUCUGUCAUUGAGCCUUGAGCUUGAGGGCCUCCUUCCUCGUAGCGUCUCUGAGCACCAGUCAGAGUGUAACGUCGGAGGUGGGAGGUCGAAAUGCUGCCCUUUGCUCUCAAGAUUGUCUGGUUCUCUCUCUCGCUCUCUGGUCUCAUCGCUUGUUGGGUCGUCCUUGGAAUAGUUGCGACUACUUCACGACGCUUUUGGGGUCCUGUGUUGUACUGUACUGGAUGCACAAUAGCAGAGGGGAUUUUCUGCAUCGGCAUGAAAUGGCAGAUGAAUCCUUUUCUUAUGCCCCCUUCUUUCUGUAUAGCGCAGACGAUUCUUACUGGAUUGGGUUUCUUUCUGACGACGGGCGUUACGACGGCUUUUGCGUACGAAUCUGUCUUCAAAGCGAAGGAGAGGGACAUUGGACGCAGUAGCGUUUCACUUCCCUGGCGACCGCUUUUCAUAAUCCCUGUCAUCGUCUAUCCUUUAGCUUCUUCGCUUGUCCAGAUAAUCCUCGUUCUACUUCUUGAAGCCGUCGAACCGACCGAUGAUCUUCAAUGUGACGCCACCCAUCCGCUUUGGGUUCGUUUUCUCGGCUACGCGGGAAAUCCACUGGCGUUUUCCCUCACCUUCUUCAUAAUUUCACUCCUUUUCGAUUUUUGGUUCCAACGAUACACGAAAUUUCCGCAUGUAGCCAAUUCCAAUCUGACCGCACUACCUCCACGUAACAGAGGCAAAGGCCGAAGACUCCAAACCUCUCCCCGUCCAUUUCCUCUUGCGAUACUCGCACAGCCGCCUUUACCUUCCCCCCAUUCUACUGCUUCCCGGCGCGUGCCCAUUAGCCCCGGUUUCGUUAGUCCUGUUCUGUCUGCACGCCAGUUUCAUCUUCCAUUUACGCCCCUAUCCCCAACGUUCAACGAUGGUGAGGGUGAACCGGAUGCCUCUCCCGAAUCUGUUCACAAGCACGAUUAUAUCACAGACGCAACACGUGCACAUACCGAGCAAUCAGUCGUAUCCUCAAUUCCACCACACUCGGUGUCUUCAAGCCCUGUUCGGAACGAACUGUCCCUCCCUCCAGGCCAACGCACGGUCCGUCAAAAGGAAUCAAACGAUUUCCUGAAAUACUUGAACGAAUACAAGGAAAAGGAGCGUCAUAGUAGUGAAUCUGACAUAGAGAAGGUCAGUCGGGAUGCUCAAUAUACGCAGAAGAGUGGUACACCCGACUGGGACGAUGUGAGUUCAUUGAGGUGGAAUAGAGAAGACGACGACUUCGAAACCGCCGAAACCUCGUUCUACCUCGACCAUUGGUCGUCGAGCUGGGCGGACGGCGCACUGCGCAAGUUAGUUGGAGGUCAACAUGGCACUGGGCUUGGCGCGGGGCGUUCUGAUCUUAUUCGUAAUUCGGCGCAUUCUGGUUUGAAGGUAACUGAAGACUCGGAGAGCUAUUAUCUUACCGCUGAGGAGGGUGAAUCUCGAGCUCAACGUUCCCGGGAUUACGAUUCGCUUGAAAACGAAGAACUCUUCCAGAGAAAUACGGAUGCGAGGCAAAGAUCAACGACCGUAAUUGAGGGCAUGAAUAAUCAGUCCGAGGAGCAGACCAGCAAGAAUUCAAUUACCUGGCGAAUAAUCAAAAUUCAACUCCCUAUCACUCUCGUUCUCCUACUUGCCACUCUAUCCACAUUGAUUGACGUGAUCAACCAAGCAAUUAACCCAUCUUCUCCAUCUACCCCAACUUCCUUUCCUCAACCAACGCCUUUCGGAACGCACCAUAUCGCUUUACUGCUUCUCGUUUGGGGGCCUGUCUUUGCGUUCGGUCGUCUACCGGUCGUCCGCCAAAAGUUGCUCUUCUUUCGCAAGUCUAGCGAGCUAGUUAUACAUGCGUGAUAGCAAGGAGAGCUCCACUAUCUUCGUUUUAUCCUCCCUAUAACUUUCUUGAAUGGUAAUUGAUACCCGCAGCUCCUGCUCCUCUCAGAUUACACGGGCCCUUCCCCCAUCUUCGUCACACACACUCUCCCCUCUCUCCCCUCUCUCCCCUCUCUCCCCUCUCACUCUUUAGACUAUGAAUCUCGCGUUGUUGAUUUUCGAAUUGAUUUUGAAUCUCCGAUUCCUCUCUUUCUGAGUCUCUCUUGUAUUACUGUACUACUGUCUUUCGAUGUGUUUUUUACCAUUUGGUACCGUUUGUAUUGUUACUCGUACAAGUCCGUAUCGAGGUCCGGAUAAUGAGAGAUAUACGCGAUGGGUCGAGCGAA